AUUGAAAUGCCUUUCUUUAUUCUCAAUUUACCAACCUGCUUGGAAGUUUUGCUUGAACAGAUUAACAAUGUACCAAAAGAUUAUGGGAAACAUUUCAAAGUUAAAUCCCUUACGAGGAAUUAGGACUUAAGUUUUAAGCAGGAUUUUUUUAGCAGUCAUCUUUUCAGCAUUGUAUCGUGGGACAGCCCUGGGAGGCAUUAACCUGCUGAAAACUGAUGGAAAGAGGAGGAGAGCUUCCAGGUCUGUAAUGAAUGAGUCUGUCUCAUUCACCAGCUGACCACAUCUGCGCAGAAAGGACUAUGAGGUUUCAGGGCUGGUUAUGGGAAGUGGGUCUUGCCCAGAAAUCUGACUGUCUCUUACGUUUCUUUUAUACUUACACAAAGAGCUAUGAAACAUCACCACUGAGAGAGAAUAAUCUGGAAAUAUUGAAAUACUAAAUCAAGGUGUAGAAGCUCAGGAAUGAAAGGACUGGUUAUGAUGCAGCUCUUCCCACAACACUGAUGUCAGUGACCUCCUGUUUGACCACAGCUUUGGGGUCAAAGCCACAUAGACUCCAGGCCCAUCGCUGGCUGGGUUUUUAGAGUAGGGCUGAAGCACUUCUGCCAGCCCCUUGGCAAUAUAAUCUGUCAUGGCCUCUGCAUGAGCUUCAGGAUUUGCUCCUCCUCUGUCCCUUUGCCACCAAGUUGUUUUCUGUCCCCUCUGCACCUGGCUUUUUUCUUUCCUUCUUUUUCUUUUGUCAGGUCAUGUAACUGUGAAGCCUUUUGCACAUAAUGAAACAACGCCCAGCCUUCAGUCACAGGACUUGUAGUAAGGGCAGGUAGACAAGGCGUUGAGUCUUUGAAUAUACGAUGUGUACAAUAUCAGAUGUGACUGGGCUUUGUCUGCGGGGAGCUGCAGUUCAUAGGCAUGCCACACUUUCUGUUUCAGGCAACUGAGGGAAUCCCUUAUGAAUUUCCUUUCCCGACAGAAAAAAGAAUUCCAGAAGCAGACAAAAUUGGAUGUCUGGAUUAAAAAAGGUUAACGAUAAUUAAACACAGGGAACGGUCCCGCUCACGUCCACACAGUCAAGGAAGCCCACCUGCAUCGGGGUUUGCAGGAUUGUGACAGCAUCUCAUCCUAACUCUGUUAAAGGGGGAGAACUCUCAUUAAAUGGAUUGGUGACAGAUCAGUGCCAAGAAAGCCUUUUUCUGCAAUGUGCUAACAUCUUGUUUCUCAAUCAUAAUGAUCAAACAUAGCCAAAGUAGUCCUGCAAACAUUUAUAUAUAUAGAACUUACAUAACUUAAUUGUUACUCGCAUUAAUACUUCCAUUCCUACAUCAGAAUUAUAUACAAUGUCAAGGAAAAUAAAAUUCCCACGAAGCAGGCCUAUCCUGAAUAUGGGAACGGAAUCACAAUAUAUUUUUUUGUAUUUUAGAGUAACAUCCUAAUUUCAGUGAUGACACCAGACUUCAGUCUAGUACUGGAGUUUUGACAAAGCUACAAAGCUUUGCUGAGAUCACAGAGGCAUCAGAACACAAAUUUUGGUCAGUAAAUCUUUCCUGAGGAGCACCGAGGGUUUUGGUGCAUACCUGUGGUGUGACUUGCCACAGAACAAUGAAUACCGUAGUAAUUGUUUAGUGAAACAUGCGUAAGUAGACACAUCUGCAAAAGCAUCCAGAAGAAUACAUCCAUCACACAGCCGGGUAGUGGUUGUGUUACUUCAACGUUUAGUUUGCUUAGGGCAUAGUCCUAAGAAUGCCUUCGAGCCAGCGGGGUGGCCUUUGAAAGCGAUGAUGUGCCGGUGGGAGCGGGCACAGUACAGGGAACAGCUGCUUGCUUUCAAGUUUCCUCCUUCAGAUCCCGCUUUUCUCCUUUUACUCAGCUUACUCACACCAACUCCUUCCUCCUGUACCGGUGCCUACAGACGCUCCUGGCUGACUCGCCGCCCCACCGGCCUGCCGUGUCUGAUGAGAAAUGGGAAUCUGGCUCAAAGUCGUCCGCAGUUGCUGUUGUUGACAUCACCUGAACGCUCCACUGAAAAUAUUUCCACUAGUUUACUGCAAACGUCGGCUUCCCCUGAGGUCUCAACACCUUGAGCAGCCUACCAUACUGUGUGUGGUACAGAUACUCUCUGUUGCUGUCAGCACUGGAAAAGACUGAAGCUGGCAUCUCUGCUGUCCUUACCCAGAGGUUGCUCUGCAAGACACAGCUGUAAAAUGUUCAUCAGAAAAAACUGAACAAUAGAUCCUUAAGAGUCCAGAGGAUGGCAUAGCAAUAACGGCGCUGUCCAGGGAGCUGCGGUCCUUCCUUGCCUGCCUGCAUGCUGCUUGAACCAAUCCCAAGCUUUUGUUUUUGGACUGAAGAAACCUGAAAACCUUUAUCUCCUAAUUCAUGAGCCAGCAGGAUGUGGUCGCCGUGCUUUCAGAACGCCUGCUCGUAGCCGCCUACAAAGGCCAAGUGGAGAAUGUGGUGCAGCUUAUCAACAAGGGUGCCAAGGUAGCGGUUACCAAGCAUGGCCGGACCCCCCUGCACCUUGCUGCCCACAAGGGUCAUCUCCACGUUGUCCAGGUUUUGUUGAAGGCAGGUUGUGACCUGGAUAUUCAGGAUGAUGGGGAUCAGACAGCAUUGCACCGGGCUGCUGUCGUAGGGAACACCGAUGUUAUAGCAACUCUGAUUCAAGAGGGGUGUGCUUUGGACAGACAAGACAAGGAUGGGAACACCGCUCUUCAUGAAGCGUGUUGGCAUGGAUUCAGUCAGUCUGCCAAAGUGCUCGUUAAAGCAGGAGCCAAUGUUCUUGCCAAGAACAAGGCAGGUAACACACCUCUUCACCUGGCUUGCCAGAACAGCCAUUCCCAGAGUACUCGUGUUUUGUUGCUUGGAGGAUCUCGAGCAGACCUCAAAAAUAAUGCAGGAGAUACCUGUCUGCAUGUUGCUGCUCGUUAUAAUCACUUGCCCAUCAUUAGGGUGCUGCUCAGUGCUUUCUGUUCUGUCCAUGAAAAGAACCAGGCAGGGGAUACUGCGCUCCAUGUAGCUGCUGCUCUGAAUCACAGGAAGGUGGUUAAGCUGCUGCUGGAGGCAGGGGCUGAUGCAUCCGUUGUCAACAAUGCAGGUCAGACCCCUCUAGAGGUUGCCAGACAGCACAAUAACCCUGAGGUUGCGCUUCUCCUGACUAAAGCGUCACAGGUCUCGCGUUUUAACCGUGGAAGAAGCCUGAGGAAGAGGAGAGAGAGACUGAAGGAGGAAAGGCGAGCUCAGUCAGUACCACGGGAUGAAGUGGUACAGAGCAAGGGCAGCGUCUCAGCUGCUGAUGACACACUGAGCAGCGACCAGCCACCGCAGAGGAAGAGCGAUCUGAAGGAUGAACCGCGGUUGAACUCACCAGAUCCCAAAGGAAAGAAGAGCAAAAAGAAAAAGCCAAAGGAAAAGGUUUCAGCACUCUCGGACCCCAUCUCCCCAGCCGAUCAGCAGCCGCUCCCUCGGCCUCAGCAAAAUGUGCCCAAGCGCAGAAGUAAACAUCACUGCUCCUCUCCCCCCCCGCCCCACGAGGUCCGAGCCUACCAGCUGUACACACUGUACCGAGGGAAGGACGGGAAGGUGAUGCAGGCACCGAUAAAUGGAUGUCGUUGUGAGCCCCUGAUAAAUAAACUGGAGAAUCAGCUGGAGGCAACGGUGGAAGAGAUAAAAGCUGAAUUUGGGACAGUACAAGACAAGAUGAAUGUUAAGCUGGGCCAGAUGGAAAGCAAAACUCAGCAUCAACUCCGUGUUUUAGACAAGCUUAUGGCUGAGCGGCUGUCCGCAGAGAGAACAGAGUGCCUUCACCGCCUGCAACAGCACACUGAGCUGGAAAAAAAUGAGGGGGAGAAACGGCAGAUUUCCUUGGUUGAUGAGCUGAAGACGUGGUGCAUGUUGAAGAUUCAGAAUCUGGAGCUCAAGCUUUCUGGAGAUUCCAGGUCAUCGAGACCAAAGUCAACUUUGUCCACUUGUGAGUCUCUCACUGAGACCCUGGAUACCGAGAACCACCCCCAGAGUGGCAAGGACUGCAAAGCCAGCCAGUCCGUGCUGCAGUCAGAGGGCUCCCACCAGCACUCCUACACCACGCUUCCCAACAGCCUCUCGGAAGACGGGGGAAGGAGCAGAGUGCAGAUGCCAGGACAGAGCUUUGGGCAACAUUUUUGCAAUCAACGCGAUGAUGGGUCAGGUACAGAGCAACAGUUAAUUGUUGGCGGACCAGCUGCUUCUUCUGCCCCUGCUCAAGACGUCAGGCCAAAGGACAGAGGCGUUAGUGCCAGCACGUUUCACAGGUUCCAGCAGCAGCUGCCCUCCUCCGAGCCUCUGGGCUCCAAACUAAGACACGUUAAGGUUCAAGCUGCUUUGGAGCCCUUGACUGAGCCGGCAAAGACUGAACCACAGAGCGGCUACUUCAUUGACAAAGGAACUCAGACAAAGAAGUCCAGCAAAAGCGGGCAGUCAAGGCACAAAGCUCUGCACCAUGGCGGGGCACACCAGAGCCAGGAGCAGCAGCCCUCCACCCUGCCUGUGGGACAGCCACCUGCCCCUCCGCUCAGAGACACCUCCCAGGCCCUGGAGAUAACACAGUACUUCUUUGAGGCCGUUUCCACGCAGAUGGAGAAGUGGUAUGAACGGAAGAUAGAAGAAGCCCGGUGCCAAGCUAAUCAGAAAGCACAGCAAGACAAAGCUGUGCUCAAGGAGCAUAUCAAAAGCUUAGAAGAAGAGCUCAGCAAAUUAAGGACUAAGGUGCAGAAAGAGAGCUAGCAUCUACCCAGCGCGUAAAGACAAGCAACAGGACUCAUUCUGGAACCUGCUGUACAGGAAUCUGGAAUACUGAUAGGUAUAUAUAUAUAUUUAUAUAUAUUUGUAGUGCCUGUUACAUGCAAACAAAAUGCUCUCUUUCAGGAGUAGAAAUAACUUUGGGAACUCUAGAACUGAGAAGAAUUCAUAUACUCAUAUGCAGACUGUACUGAAGACAAUGAUGCUGCAGGGUAGAUCCAUUUUUUGUUACUUCCAAGAGUCCGUUAAAUAUUACAUUCUCAAUUUCCAGGUGCUGCUUGAAAACAAAUUGCAUUACAAACCAAAACUACUUUCUGAAGAGGAAAUUUCCUCAUUUCCACAUAGGUCACGUGUAGCUAGAGGGUUCCACUGUGUGCUACGUGUAAACAUGUAGUGAUACCAAUCCUACAAGAAAUCCAGGAUGUUUAAGAGCUUUUAACAGAAUUCAAAUAGGGGUGAAGGGCUAUUGGUACUAUUUUAGAUACUCCCCAGCGUGUGUCUCUAUAGUCAGUGGAGAGAAGCUACAGAACCCACUCAAAUUACAAGCCCAUGUAAGUGACAGAUGCAGGUUUCCAGCUGGGCUCUCAUGGAGCGAGGUGCUAAGGUGAGUCAUUGCAUUGGGUACAGUGGUUUUAGUUGCUACUUUGCUUUUCUUUUGGUUUUACAUUACUAAAACAAAUUCUAAAUUAAUUUGUCUCUUUUUUUUUUUUUUAACGGUGUCCUGGUUGCAAAGCUCCUUGUACUGAGAUGUUUUGUUUAGGGCAUGGAUGGCAAAUAUUUUACCAUAACGAUGCUCUAUUUGUUAGGUAUAAUUUUUGUGUAACUCUCCUUCCCUUCAAGCAGCAAAUGGCUGAUUUCUCUACUACUGAAGAAGCUUGAAAAAGUCCUUUAUCUAAAGAAGUGAAAGCUUGGUUCCCUGUACUCAAAUGUUACUUUUUCUGCGGAGUCAGGAUCCUCUCCUAGACACCUUAUUCAGACUGUCUUCCUUUGUUCCUCUGAACGAUUGAUUCCGCUCUCUGUUUUCCCCCAUGAAUCUCUAAAAAGAGAGGCCAGGCCGUGGUGAGUCUGCGGGUCUCCAUGAAACCAGUCCUCGCAGUCCCGCAACGUGGAACUUAACGCACGUUAAAGUUCUUAUGGAUGUGUUUCAUUAUAAAAAUCAAAACUUACCCUGACCAAGGUUGUCCGAGCUGACAGACUCCAGGUAAACUAAAGGCACUGUAACUCGCUGCAUCUGCACCCCUUUAGGGUUUCCUCCUUACACCUCUGAGAAGGCUCCAUCAGAUUCUGUUAGACGAGUAAGUUUACUUAACAGUUUGUGAUAGAACAAUAGUUCAAACACAGGAUAGCACUGUUUCGCCAAGGGACGAUUUUUGUUUCUGUACUGAGGAACCCUAAAAUCAAUACAAAAUACUUUACAGUAUUGAAGACAGCAUUGACUAAUUAGUAAUUAAGCUUUUGUCUUCUUAGCAGAUGUAUAAAGCAAAGAAAACUGUAUUAUAUAUCAAUAUUUUUAAAGUUCCUAUUAAUGCACUAUCAAGACAAGUAUAUCUGCAGUUAUGGAAACACCAGUUUUACUGCUCUGACUUCCGUAGUCUAAUAUAGACACUUUUGUAUGUUCACAGUUUUGUUUAAGCUACUGUAGGAACGCAGAAGCAUGCUAUUUAAGUUUUGUAUCAUCUGGAUAAAGUGAAUGUUUUGCCAAGCAAUUAAAAUAAUUGUUGCUCACAA